UAUGGGUUUGUUUAUAAGAGGUCCUGAUUGGUAAUUUCACUGCUUUUGUUUCUUCUCUAUCUCUUCUCUGUUGCUUUCGAAGUCUCUCAGUUUUGAUCAAAAAUGGAAGCAAUUAAAGUGUUUGGAUUAGCUUCGGUUGCGAAAAUGAAACAAGCUUCGAUGCUUUGGAUUGAAGGCUUUAGAGAAGCUUGUUGUCUUCAUCGGGUUAUUGUUUUCUACUUCAGGUCAAGGAAGCUUUUGAUACGCACUGGUCAAUGUUUUCUUCUAAAUGGGUUUAUUUUCUUGGGAAGUAUAUUUAUCCUAAAUUCAGUUAUAGUCCCAACUCUACAAUGGAUAUUACCUGAUGAUUGCUCACAGUUUGAUUCUCAAGAACUCUGCUCUUUUGGUGGUCUUUUGAAAUUUUAUUCCUUCUUACAGUUUGGACUCAUUAAACUCUUUUAUAUCAUAUGGUUCUACCCAUUGUAUGCACUGAGCAUUAUUCUAAGCGCUCUCUGGUACAAUGAUAUUGCUAAGUAUGGUUUUGAAGCCGCACAAAAGUCUGGUCCCGUGAAAGUGGAUCCCAUGGGAAAGGAGAAAUUAACCUCACAAAAUACAGGUCAUGUGCGACAGCGUGAUGGCUUGGGAGGGAUCAUGAUUGUAAUAGGAGAACAGUUGUAUUCUAUACUUCUUUUGAGCUUCUUCUUCAUAGAGGUUUCUGUGACAGGAUUUGUACCCUACAUUGGGACGGCACUGAAUUUUCUUCAUGUUUCUUGGAUGUAUGCCUACUUCUGUUUCGAGUACAAAUGGAAUCUUCAUAAUGUAGAACUGGACAAACGGCUAAGCUUUUUUGAAUCUAACUGGGCAUUCUUUUUAGGUUUUGGUAGUCCAUGUGCUCUUCCUGUUCUAUUUUGCUCGUCUUUCGUGUCAUCUGGUGUUAUGGCUAUGCUGUAUCCACUGUUUGUUUUGACAGCGAGCAACUCAGAGGCUGAGAAAGUUAUCUCUUCUCAAAGAAAUAAAUGGGGAGAUACAAGAUUGGGAAGGCUUCCAAUAUUUUACGUGGCUGAUGUGUUAUCGAUGAAGAUCUUGUCUUUCUUACCCUCGGAACCUCAUGAACAGCUACAAGAAAACAAACUGAAAUGAAAAAGAAAACAUUUUUGGCUUUAAGCUUCGCUUGGGCAUCUUCAAAACAACGUUCAUGGUAAUGACCAUUUCGUGCUCUCUUAAUCAUCUUUAAUUUAUUAGAAUGAUGGCGGUGGUGUAGUACACAACACAAGCAGAUUAGCCAGCAGCCAAAAGAGACGACGAGUUUCUAACUCUUUCGAGAUCAAGCAUAUCCUGAGGAAACAGCUUCCAUCGAGGUAUCUAGUUGUAUAUCAUGUACAUUCAUAGAAAAUUUCACAUUGAGAAAGAAAAGGGUUUAAUCUGUAUAGCAUUUAACAUAAAAACACACACAUACACAAACAACCCCACGAGCUUUAUAGUGUUUAUUUCAUUAUUGUGUGCCAUAACAUAACAUAACUAUAAUAAAUAUUUCACUGCUUUAUUAUUUUUUUUAGAAACUUCUGUGGAAUCUAUUAGAUUUGGUUGGUCA